GCUCGUUUAAUCGAUGGUAGUGAUAAUAAUGCUAUAGAUCCAGCUGCAGGAACUCCGCAGCAACCUUUUUUAAGGGCCAUUAACUCUUCUCCUGUAACAUCUCCCACUGAUUUUCUUGGUCUAAACCCGGAUGGAUCAACAACUAUUAAAUGUACCGAUCAAGUACCCACUGGCAU